AUGUCGACUCACGGACGCGAACGCGGGCGAGGUAGAGGCAGAAUAGGCAAUGCUAUGCCUGAAGCAUCAGGGAAUACUCCCAACCCUGUAGACUUCAUGGCUGCUUUAGGUAAUAUGGCAGCAGUAAUGCAAGCGACAGCUGAAGCCUUGGGAAACCAAAUAAAUAAUGGAAAUAAUGGCAAUAAUGGUGAUAAUGGUCCUAUGUCACUUUCUUCCUUCCUGAAGGUUCACCCUCCGACCUUCAAAGGAACCUCGAAUCCUACCGAUGCAGACAAUUGGAUACAAGCUAUUGAGCGGGCAUUACAGGCUCAGCAGUGGGUUGAGUUUGGAACCUAUCAGCUGCACGAUGAAGCUCAUCAUUUGUGGCAGGGCAUGAGGCGUAUUUUACAGCCUGAUGGGGUUGUGAUUUCUUGGGAGUUGUUUCGAGAAGAAUUCUAUAAAAAAUAUUUUCCCAACUCAGUUAGAAAUGCCAAGGAACUUGAACUGCUUCAGCUGAAACAGGGCCAGAUGACCAUUACAGAGUACACAAGCAAAUUUGAGGAACUGUGCCACUUUUCACGCAUCUGUCAGGGAGCUCCUGAGGACUUUGCUGAGUGA